CACGAUCCUCUCUCCCUCAUUCAUUCUCUUCAUCUCUCUUUCUCUCUCUCCUUCUCUCUCUCAGCGUUCAUUCUUUUUCUCUCUCUUCCUCGUUUGUUCUUCUCUCUUUCUUGAUCCUUUGAUCACUGAUUGCGAUCAAUCAUCGGUUCCCCCAGUUUCAUUCUCCGCAGAGUAAUCUUGGGGGUGUUCCUGGUAUCAUAUAUUGAUACCUGAAACUUGGAAGCUGCAAUCUUUUGUUUUGAUGAUAACAAGGAUUAAUCUGCAUAAACAAAAAUCUCUACAUUAUGGAUAAGAUGAUAGCUUCAGAGAUGGACCAACAUAGACAAGGUUAUUUUCAUUCAGAACCCGGUAUCCUUCCAAGAGGCACUGGCAUCUCGCAUCCUAAUAUCCGUACAAUUGUGGCAGCUUCCGGGAGCACAAGUAAUCAUGAUUCCCACUAUUUACCACCAGAUGCAUAUGACAAUGGCGUAUAUGUGACACAGUAUAACGGGGUUCAACCGCAACAUAAUCGUAACAUGGCCGUUGCAGCCACGCCGAAUUUAUAUUAUUCCGGCAUGAAUCCUUCUUCUAGUACUGGUGUAUUCCCUAUGCCUCUAAAUCAUAGAGGCUCUGAUCAAUUGCCUGGUUCGGGCCCGUAUGCAGUGUCUUUAGUUUCUUCGGAUAAUUUUGGAAGAAGCAGCAGCUUCAUGGAUGAUGUCAGAGGUCCUUACAAGAGGAAAAGUGCUGAAGGCAUGAGAGGAAAUUAUCAGUAUUUUAAUGCUCCGGCUAGUUCCUCAACUGCUCCCCCUAAUGCUAGGCAUGCCGACGGGGUUCCGGUAAUGGAUACUGCGUCUUUUCCUCUGCGCGUCCCUUCAUUUGUGGAAGUAGGACCACAUGGUAAUGCAUGGAGCAGAUCAGGUGAUUCCAUUAUGGUGCACGAUCAUAACCAUUUGAUUCGAGGAAACUAUGUAGGGCAGCACUUUCAGCCGGCAGCACCUCCGUGGUUGGACCAGCAGUUGAAUAGUAAUAACAACGAUGGUCAUACAACAGCAUGGAAUCAGUCUCUUCCAAUGCCUUAUAUGCAUGCUCCAAAUGUUAAUGGAGGUUCAAUAGAGAGUGCAAGUAUGGGUUUGCCAAGGUAUCACGAAACGGCGAGCAACAGAAACGGCCUUAGAUUUCCUCAUCCUCCUCCGGUCAAUCACCAGCACCAUAAUUAUCAUCAUCCGGCACUGCCUAUGCAAGGAGUAAGAGGUCACGGUGUUAACUUCCACCCUCCUGUAACUGCGGCUUCAUUCAGAGUUCCAACGAAUCCUUCACACAGUGCUGCAAUGCCCACGCCUAAUGGUUUCGAGAUGGGCCCCAGGCAUGUGGGCCCUGUGCCAUCAGGAGGCCUACGCAUCUACCGACCUCAUAGGGGAGUCAUGCAUGAAACUAUUGGUCACCGAAAUAUUCCCCCCAUGGGUUUCCUUCAUGUUGAUGAUGUUGCUCUAAUCGAUGAGGUGGGAAAUUUGGUUGACCAUCACCGAGACAUGCGCAUGGACAUAGAGGAUAUGUCUUAUGAGGAUCUUCUUGCAUUGGGUGAGCGGAUCGGCAACGUAAGCACUGGUUUAUCAGAGGAAACAAUUGCGGCCCAAUUGAAAACAAAAUCAUAUUUCAAACCGAUUUCUGCUACUAAUUCAGAUGAGGCAGCCUUGGACGACUGCGAAGCUGAUUCUUGCAUUAUAUGCCAGGAUGAAUACAAGAACAAAGAGAAGAUCGGAGUUCUGCGAUGCGAGCACGAGUACCAUGCGGAUUGCUUGAGGAAGUGGUUGAUUGUGAAGAAUGUCUGCCCCAUAUGCAAAUCAGAAGCAUUGACUCCUGGAGGGAAGGAUGUAUAGAGUAACAUGUCUUCCUUCUCUUCCCUGUGGAAUCAAUGUGGCUUCUUUGGCUAAUUUAUUUUUGAACAGAAAAAAAUUAUUCAUAUUUUGUUAUUAAUAUAUGUACUUUUGUAUAUGAACUUGCACAUAUUAUAGACAGUCAUCACAUUGGCCAACUCAUUUAAUUGUUGGCUUCCAAGAACUUUGUAUCUAUCAAGCUGUACAGACUUUGUUCUGUUUGAUGUAUUAACUUCUUCAGGUAAAUUACAUUAAAUAUCUUCA